AACAAAACAGUUGAUAUUUAUUUAUAUUUUUUAUCAGUAAUUUUAGAAAUAGGUGGAAUGGAGUUUUAAUAUAAAUUUGUUAGAGUCAAAUUGUAUUGUUUAAAUUUUAUUUUGGCAAAUGAGAGAAAUAACGCAUCAAAGUUGGCACUCUUUCUGUCGUACUUGUCUCCAGGAAUUGGGAGAAAAGUCAUCCCUAUCGGGUGAAAAGUAUAGACUGCAUGAUAGUGAGGAUCUCGAGAAGCUAGUAAUAGCGCACAGUUCAAUGGCAUUAGCGGAAGAUGUUGAAUUACCCGAGUUCGUAUGUGAUGUCUGUUAUGAGAAGUUGCAGUCUUUCUACGAUUUUUCUUGUAAAAUUAAGCAGUCAAUUUGCAUAUUAUCGGAUAUACUCAAAGAUAGCAAUGCCAAUAAAGCCAUCGAAGAGAAUAAUAUGUUGGACAGUGGUCAGAGAAAUGAAGAACCCCUGGAAAUUAGUGAUAAUGGCGGUUUGAGGACAGGAACUUGCUCAAGUUCACAUCCAACAAAAAGUCGGGACCAACUUCAAAACAUCAUCGAAAACACGGUUGUAAAAGAUUUAAACGAUCCGCUUGAUUCCUAUAAGGACAUGAAGAAUGUCUAUAAUGAGGAAAUCUUCUAUGAAAUUGGAAUCGGAUUGCAAAGCAAUAUAAGCGGCACAAAAUCAAAUGCAAAAGAUUUUACCACCAUAACACCAGAGUCUUCAAAGCAUGAAGAUGCAUUAGAAGAUUUAGAAUUUUCUACAGAUUGUGAAAAUUAUGAGGAUAGAUUAGCGAGUCUAGAUAUUUAUACACAAACGCCAGCUUUGCAGGACAAAAAGGGUGACACCAGCUGUGAUAGAUUAAUUGUUGAACGUACGAAUAAAUCACCAGGGACAUCAGGAAAGGGAAAGAGUGGAAAAUACAGAUUAAAAAAUAAUAAAAUUUCGCCACAUAAAGAGACGAAAAAAACAACAAAAGCAGUUAAAAUCGUGUCAAGAAAAAAAGCCACUAAACAUGGUCAGAGCGAUAUUAGUGGUAUAGCUAAAUUUCAAUGUGAACAAUGUCCUCGCCGUUCAGUUACGUGGGAAAAUUAUGAGGCUCACUUACGCACCCAUCAAGGUCUCAAACCAUAUCUGUGUAACGAAUGUGGUCACAGCUUUAAUAGAGCAGCCCAUUUUCGUGCCCACGUACGUGAAGUUCAUGCACCUGUGACACUACAAUUUAUCUGUUCCUUCGAGGGUUGCAGCAAAAUUUUCAAACGAGAAGGCUCAUACAAAAUGCACUACCGCCUCAAACACUCACCGGCUUAUGUCAAUCGCGAACCUAAGAAAUAUAUUUGUGAGGAUUGUGGAGGCACAUUCAAAAAUGGAACGAAAUUUAAAGAACAUCGUUAUAAACAUGCACCCGUCGAGGAAUAUCCAUUCAAAUGUAACGAGUGUGGCAAACGAUAUCGUUCGAAACGUACUUAUAAGGAACAUCAGUUGCGACAUUCGGGCAUAAAAAAUUUUGUUUGCCCGCAUUGUGGCAUGAGAAAAACUACACAAAAUGAAUUGCGAUCACAUAUUAACUACCAUACGAAAGAGAAACAAUGGCCAUGUUCAAAGUGUCCAAGUGUAUUCAAUAGUUCGGCGAACCUGGGUAUGCAUGACCGUAUUGUGCACAAAGGCAUACGACGUUUCGCGUGUAGCUACUGUAAUCAAAGUUUCGGAAAGCAGGACACUUUAAAGCAUCACGAAAUGCGUCACACUGGCGAAAAACCUCACGGAUGUGAGUUGUGCGGUAAACGAUUUAUUCAAGUGGUUGCGCUACGUGCACACAUGAAGACUCAUAAUAAACAAAUCUCACGAAAGUCCAUUAAAAUACCAGAAAGAGAAAAGCCUGUAAUACUUGCGCAAAGCGUUCUGCGAUACGAAGCAGAAGGUAUUGUGGCAAAAAGAAAAACCAUGAAUCAAUUAUCACGGAAUAAUAUGCAAGAAUUUUGUCGAACCUGCCUCAGAAGUUUGCAAAAACGUCGCCGGCAAGAGAGGGAAACGACGCCCACUAAUUUGGAAUUGCUGACGACCUUUGGAAAUGAUUCUGAUUCGAUAAAGAGUUAUAAUCUAAGCCUUUUGCCCCAAUUGCGAAAACUAUUCGUAUUAUUUACCUCAUUGGAUAUCUCCGAGGAAGGUGAUGAAGAUGCGUAUCCGCGAAGCCUCUGUCAGCUGUGCUAUGACAAGAUGAUCGACUUUCAAGAGUUUCGCCAGUUAGCGAUUAAUUCAGCGGAAGUCUUGUACAAAAUUGUAAACAGUUUAGAUGAUGAUACGAUAAAAUCAACUGAGGACACUGCCAACCUACAGCCGAAUGAAAAUCAUGCAAUAGCAUGCAAAACAGAACUUUUAGAAAGUGGUUACCAAAAUAGGGACGAUGACGACGACCAGCUGCUUUUACCCGAACUUGCAGAUUUGAUGGAAACAUCAAUAAAAACAGAGCCGUCUAUUGAUAUUAAUAGAUCUAAUAUCCCUUCUUCUGAAAUAAUACUGCCGAACAAUGAUAUUUCGAAAAAUCCUUUCACUGCGGUUGUUAAGAACGAAAUUGAAUCGGAGUGUGACGAGGAAGAAAACAAUUCAAUCAGUGAUGAUGCCGAUGACGAGGAACACACGUUAAGAAAUGAGACAAACACGUCCAGGAGAUUGCGUAAAAAUGUAUCAUCUACUGUCGGAAUUAGACAACGGUUUUGUGGCCAGCCACGAAAACGUGAUCGCAGCAAGAAAGCACUGAAGUGUCCUCGCUGUGAUAAACAGGUGUACAAGCAGGUUUACCUGGAUGCGCACAUACGCGCUAUACAUGAAGGCUAUGAAAAACCAUUUCUUUGUACGCAAUGUGAAAAAGCAUUUACACGCUACGGUCAAUUACAUACGCACAUUGAGUCGCAACAUUUAUCAGAAGACAACUUUUCAUGUGAUUUUAAUGGUUGCGAUGCUGUUUUUAAAUCGAAAAAUACGUGGGAGACACAUAGACAAGUGGUACAUACGACCCUAUUUCGUUGUGGCCUCCAAGAAAUGUUAGAGUUUCAUAAUACACAGCUCAGUAACGAAAUUGGGACGGAUCACAUUUGUCAUCAGUGCUUCAAGAAGUACAGCUCCAAACGCGCUCUCACUGAGCAUCUGAAACGACAUGCCCAAAUCAAGGAUCACGUUUGCAAGGUGUGUGGUGCAGCCAAGGUGACACGUACAGAGCUGCUAACACACAUGCGCACACACAAACCCAAUUUAGAAAAGUUCAAGUGCAGCAUUUGCCCACAAGAAUUUAAUCACAAAAACGCUAUAUCCAGACAUGUGCGAGUGGUGCACGAAGGUCAACGUCGUUUUCCUUGCAGCUAUUGCCCAAAGCGUUUCGGCACCCGUAAUUCGCAAGUCUGUCACGAACGUUUGCACACUGGUGAACGUCCUUUCAAUUGUAAGCUAUGCAACAAACGUUAUGCACAGGUGGAAGGACUAAAAUCACAUAUGAAAAGUCAUGAUAAGAAUUUGCGUAAAUAUGUAUGCUCAUUUUGUUCGCAACGAUUCAUCACAAGGAAAAAUCUGAUAGAUCACGAAAAGCGUCAUCGAAGUGAUAAACCGCAUAUAUGCAAUGCUUGUAGUCGAGGCUUUUUUUCGAAGGAAGAUCUUCGCGUGCACAAACGGGCACAUACCGAUGAAGAACUACGUGAGAAGACCGAGCGGCGGAGGCGUUAUGAGACGUUUCAAGAAGCUGGUGAUAGUCUUGGAGAGCAGGCGACGGAAUCAGCUGGUGAAGGAAUUUUAGGCUAUAGCAGUUCGCAGAGCAGUAACUGAAGGAGUGGAUUAUUUUUCAUAAACAUGAAGACUUUGUGGAAUAACUCAGCAAAUUUAUACGCAUGUAUCAAUCAGUACAUAGAUAUAGAAGUGCUAUAUAAUGCCACAAAUAAUUUUAGUUUUAAAUAUGCAGUUUGCAAAGAUAUAUGAAUUGAAUCCACACAUAAAAUGUACCUCAGAAAACUUCAGUCGAACAAAGGGAGAAACGAGAUUGUUAGUAUUCUUGCUUUGUUCAUUCUUGAAGAUCUCAUAAAAUUUAUUUUCAAUUAUCUUGAAAUUUCAAUACACUUUAGCAUUACUUUCAGUUAAAACUGUUUUUGUGACAACCUUUUUUUAAUAAAAUUGAGCCAAAAAUU